AUGUUGCAACGGGACAAGAACGGGAACACGGGAACUGCACAGGACCGGGACAUCGCCCUCCCCCGCAGCCUGGUGCCCAGGGAACCCGCGGUCCCCGUGCCGGUGUCCCGUGCUCAGUGCCUGCCUGUGCCCAGGAAAACCGACACCGUGGUGGUGGGCGCCUACGACCAGGACGCACCCGGGCCUGAUCAGCAGGAACUGAAAAUCGAGAAGGUCUUCAAGAACCCCAGGUUCAACAUGCUGACCAUCCACGACGACAUCACCCUGAUCAAACUGGCCACUCCGGCGCAGCUGUCAGAUCGCGUGUCCCCCGUCUGCCUGCCCGCGGCCACUGACGAAUUCCCGGGGGGAAUGACCUGCGUCACCACUGGCUGGGGGCUCACUGACUCCAGCGCCUCGGACACGCCGGCGGUGCUGCAGCAGGCGGCUGUGCCCCUGCUCACCAACGCCCAGUGCAAGGAGUUCUGGGGCUUCCGCAUCCGCGACGUGAUGGUCUGUGCCGGCGCCGACGGAGCCUCUUCCUGCAUGGGCGACUCCGGGGGCCCGCUGGUGUGCCAGAGGGACGGCGCCUGGAACCUGGUGGGCAUCGUCUCCUGGGGCAGCAGCACCUGCGACACCAAGACGCCCGGCGUGUACGCCCGCGUCACCAAGCUCCGCAACUGGAUCGACUCCAUCCUCGAGGCCAACGGAGGCCUGCAAUAAACGCUGCAACCCCCGGAGCA